UGUAUACAUUAGUAAAGUCAGCUGUGAGAAGUGGCUGGCGACCCUUCCAUGCUGUGAGGCUCCUUCACGUCCAGGACAGACUCCCUCACACAGGCAGGCUUCUCCUAUCAUGGACGCAGCAGAGCUGGGAGCGAGAAGCGGCAUGAAAUAAGAGACUGCACAAAACUCUGAGGGAGGGAGGACACCUCACAGCGCCCGAGCACAGCACCCAGCAGCAGCGGCCAUGGACAAGGCGGCUCAGCAGCAGCACAGCGGCGGGGGCAGCAGUAACAGCAGCAGCCGGAGCAGCAGCAGAGCCACCUCUGCAGGCUCCUCUCCCUCCUCCGGGGCCCGGGGACUGCUGGCAGGACCCGGCAGAGUCAACCAGCAGCAGGCGCUGGCAGCGGCCGGGAAACUGGAUGGCGGAGCGGCGCAGACGAGCAGGGAACAGAGACAAGUGGCGGAAGGAAUGCUGUGCAAGUACACCAACCUCCUGCAGGGCUGGCAGAACAGAUACUUUAUAUUGGACUUCGACUCUGGUAUUCUGCAAUAUUUCAUCACUGAGGCUAGCAAAACCCAGAAGCCUCGAGGAUUUUUGUCUCUUUCUGGGUCUGUGAUUUCACUCAGCGAUGAGGCCCCCUAUAUGAUAGUAGUGUAUUCUACCAGUGGGGAAGUAUAUAAACUCAGAGCCGCUGAUUCCAAGGAGCGACAGUUUUGGUUGACUCAGCUUCAAGCAUGUGCCAAGCACCAUACAGAGUCCAAGAGCUCUUUGUCUCAGAGAGCCAGAAGCGUUUCAUUGCUUCCCCAUGGAACUGCCAAUUCCUCAUCACCUGGGAGCCAAAGGCACUUGACACACAGCGGCCCAAGUGUUGUCACCAUCACACAUCACAAGUCCCCAGCAGCUGCCCGAAGAUCGAAGAGCCAGAAUCCUGCCCAUCUCCAUGAAGUCAAAGAGGUGAUGGCUGAGGUGGAGGGGCAGCAGAAGAAUCUGGUACAUGCAAUUGAAUCCCUUUCAGGCUCGGGCCCUCUCUCUGCCUUGGACCAGGAUUUACUCCUACUGAAAGCUACCUCAGCCGCCACCCUCAGCUGCCUUGGAGAAUGCCUCCACAUACUACAGCAGAGUGUUUAUCAAGCUGGACAGAACAACAAGCCUGUCAUGUCAGAAAGCAUCCUUGGAUGGCAUGGACCGAAGUCGCAUUCUACGGAAAACCUCAGAAAUGGAAGUUAUAGCUCUCUGACAACUACUACAGCCAACCUCACAUGGCCGAUACUGCCAAGCAUGCCUAAAGACUAUCAAAUACUAGAUCAAGAUACUGAGGCUGGUCCUCCUGAGGCAGAGGAUGAGCUGACAGACACCGAAGAUAAUGAGGAAAAAGAUUUAGGCGUCAUGGAUGAUCAGCGCAGUGUAAUCCUCCACCUUAUCUCGCAGCUCAAGCUUGGAAUGGAUCUUACCAAGGUAGUACUACCAACCUUUAUUUUGGAGAAAAGAUCCCUACUGGAAAUGUAUGCAAACUUCAUGGCACAUCCAGAUCUCUUCUUGUCCAUUGCAGCUGGGACAACCCCUGAGGAAAGAAUGAUCAGUUUUGUGGAAUAUUACUUGACAGCCUUCCAUGAAGGUCGUAAAGGAGCAGUUGCCAAGAAACCCUAUAACCCAAUUAUAGGUGAAACAUUUCACUGCAGUUGGAAUGUUUCCAAGAACAAAGUGAAACCUUGUAGAACUCACUGUGCCUCUGUUCAAGCCAAAGAAAUGAACAUAGCCCAGGGAUCUGAAAGUGAAGCCUACAAAGUGCGUUUUGUGGCCGAGCAAGUAUCUCAUCACCCGCCGGUAUCUUGUUUUUACUGCGAAUGCAAAGAGAAGAUGAUGUGCGUAAAUACCCAUGUUUGGACCAAAAGCAAAUUUCUUGGAAUGUCUGUUGGUGUUUCAAUGGUCGGAGAAGGGGUGCUCAAGCUGAUGGAGUAUGGAGAGGAAUAUGUAUUUACUCUUCCCAGUGCCUAUGCUCGUUCAAUACUCACUGUUCCCUGGGUGGAAUUGGGAGGUAAAGUCAAUAUUACCUGUGCCAAGACAGGAUAUACCGCCACAGUUACAUUCCACACCAAGCCUUUCUAUGGAGGAAAGGUGCACAGAGUCACCGCAGAGGUUAAACAUAAUCCCACCAACAUAAUAGUUUGUAAGGCCCAAGGGGAAUGGAAUGGAACUCUAGAAUUCACAUACAACAGUGGAGAGACUAAAGUCAUAGAUACUUCUAAGCUGUCAGUUAUCAGGAAAAAGAUUCGACCAGUGGAGAAACAGGGACCUACUGAAUCAAGGCGUAUAUGGGAAAAUGUCACCAAUGCCCUAAAAGCAGAUAAUAUUGAAACAGCAUCUGAGCACAAACACCAACUGGAGGAAAGACAGAGGGCAGAAGCAAGGCAGAGGGCAUCUACUAACACUCCAUGGAACCCAAAGUAUUUCAUCAAAGAGGGUGACGGCUGGGUAUAUGUGAACCCUCUCUGGAAAACUCACUAGCGGCGGGAUUUCAAGCCUCCCAAGAGCUCUCUAGUGCUUCAUAUGGAAAGCUCCCACUAUGAACAUACACUUGGAUGAAAAAACCCAGAUAACAUAUCUCUGCAGCUGCUAGCUUAUCUGUGUAUUCAAAAGCCAUUCAACUUCACUAAGUGUGUACAUAUAUAAAUAUAUAUAUCAAUGUUCACAUAUAAAUAAGUGUAUAUACUCUGAGUAUUCAGGUUUUAUAAGCCCUUUUGAUGUUUUAUUUGCCAAAUGAUUUUGCACUCUUCAGGUAAAAAGACAACUUCUACCUGCAUUUAAAUAUUACACAUUCUAUCAGAUUUUAUUAUAAUUGUAAAAAGAAAAGCGGACAGAUUUUACUUACUCAGAACAUCUCCCCUUAAAGAAGACCUGUCACUGCUCCUGACAUGCCUGGUUUAAUAGUUUCACGCAUUCCCCAUGUAGUAACAAUUCUGGAGCAUCUAUCCUUAUGGCUCUAUGUUGUACCAUCCCUUUAUUAUUUCUACUAGAAGUUAUGAAUGAAUUGCUAGCAGUCUGCAGUAAGGGUACAGAGGAGAGGUAACCAGAUGGAGGUGUGUUCC